ACGUCGGCGGCGGCGGCGGCGGCGGCGGCAGCUGCAAGUUGGGCUGCAGGGGCAGCGCAUACACUACAAUGGCUGCUGGAAAGAGGCGUAAGGAAACAAUUUCCAGGCCCGCCGCGUCCAGCCCGAAAUAUGAGAAAAAAAUUAUUAGAAAUUCCGCGGGCGGUGUAAAGGCGGCGGACGGGCCGGAGGGAGGAUGUUAAAGCCCCGCGAUUGGCCAAAAUGGGAAGGACUGGAUUCCGCUCUCUUCCACGAAGAGUCAAUGGAACUGGCUAAGAUCAAGGUCUGACGCUUUUUCCAUCUGUCAUCAGUCCCUUUUUGCUUUCUUUUACGACCACAUGAAACUUGAGAAGCCACCUAAAGCUAAAUCAUUUAGUGGAGUUGGGCAGUUCCCAAGUGUCCAACAAGAAGGCCUGGUUUAGGCUGCGAUGGCCACUGUCAUUCCUGGUGAUUUGUCAGAAGUAAGAGAUACCCAGAAAGUCCCUUCAGGGAAACGUAAGCGUGGUGAAACCAAACCAAGAAAAAACUUUCCUUGCCAACUGUGUGACAAGGCCUUUAACAGUGUUGAGAAAUUAAAGGUCCACUCCUACUCUCACACAGGAGAGAGGCCCUACAAGUGCAUACAACAAGACUGCACGAAAGCCUUUGUUUCUAAGUACAAAUUACAAAGGCACAUGGCCACGCACUCUCCCGAGAAAACCCACAAGUGUAAUUACUGUGAGAAAAUGUUUCACCGGAAGGACCACCUGAAGAAUCACCUGCACACACACGACCCCAACAAAGAGACGUUCACGUGCGAAGAGUGCGGCAAGAACUACAACACCAAGCUCGGGUUCAAGCGGCACCUGGCCUUGCACGCGGCCACGAGCGGCGACCUCACGUGCAAGGUCUGCCUGCAGACGUUCGAGAGCACGGGCGUGCUGCUGGAGCACCUGAAGUCCCACGCGGGCAAGUCGUCGGGGGGCGUGAAGGAGAAGAAGCACCAGUGCGAGCAUUGCGACCGCCGCUUCUACACGCGCAAGGACGUGCGCAGACACAUGGUGGUGCACACGGGAAGGAAGGACUUCCUCUGCCAGUACUGUGCACAGAGGUUUGGGCGCAAGGACCACCUGACGCGGCACAUGAAGAAGAGUCACAACCAGGAACUCCGGAAGGUCAAGACGGAGCCCGUGGACUUCCUGGAUCCCUUUACCUGCAACGUGUCCGUGCCCAUCAAGGACGAGCUCCUCCCGGUGAUGUCCUUGCCUUCCAGCGAACUGUUGUCGAAGCCGUUCACAAACACGCUGCAGCUGAACCUCUACAACACUCCUUUCCAGUCCAUGCAGAGCUCGGGGUCUGCCCACCAGAUGAUCACAACUCUGCCCUUGGGCAUGACGUGCCCGAUAGACAUGGAUGCUGUCCACCCCUCUCACCACCUUUCUUUCAAAUACCCGUUCAGUUCUACCUCAUAUGCGAUUUCCAUCCCCGAAAAGGAACAGCCGCUGAAGGGGGAGAUCGAGAGCUACCUGAUGGAACUGCAAGGCAGCGUGCCCCCCUCUUCCCAGGACUCUCAAGCAUCGUCGUCUAAACUAGCGUUGGAGCCGCAGAUCGGGUCCCUGGAUGACGGCACAGGGGACCUCUCCCUGUCCAAAAGCUCGAUUUCCAUCAGCGAGCCCCUGAACACAGCAGCGUUGGACUUUUCUCAGCUGUUUAAUUUCAUACCAUUAAGCGGUCCCCCCUAUAACCCCAUAUCGGUGGGGAGCCUUGGGGUGAGCUCUCCCCAGGAGGAGGCACAUUCUUCUGUGGCUCAGCUCCCGCCACAAACCCAGGAUCUUCCGGAUCCUGCCAGCACCAUAGGUCUGGGCUCUCUGCACUCACUGUCAGCAGCUUUCACCAGUAGUUUAAGCACAAGCACAACGCUGCCACGUUUCCAUCAAGCUUUCCAGUAGGUUCCACGAUGCGGAUCCGUUACAGAAGUGUGUGUGUAGCCCUGCCUUAGGUGACCAUUUUAAUUUUAGUGCCUACUUUCAGACAGUAUAAACAUUUCUGCUUCUGUAUAGUACCAGUUUUCAUUAAGCCAGUAUAAAAUAGAA